AUGCAUCCAUCUCUGUAUCCCGUCUUAGGAGUGGUUUACCCGCUCAAGGACCCUCAGACGCUGGCAAAAGUCCUGGAGAAGCAGCAGCUGCAGCGCCUGGUGGUGAAGCAUGCCGAGGCAGGCAACUUGAAAAAGGGUGGCAGUGAUCUUGCCCAGAAGAUCCAAGAUCGCACAAAGAAAGCACCACCUCCUGUGAAGGUUCUCUUGUGGAUCUUCACACCCCCGCCUUCUAGUGACCCUUGGUGGAAGAGGCUCCCCAGGAGGCUGAUAAACGCCCCUGCAAAGCUCAUCUUCCCGGCAGGCGGCAAGCUCUUGAAGGCUGGGAACAGCAGAAGCUAUGCUAUGAAUGCACUCAAGCCCUACCUCAACAAGAAGGGGGUGACCACAUGGGAAGAGCAGGCAGCCAUUGCAUAUGAGAAUCGCUGGAGCUUCCGGUCGUUUGGAAUGGUGGCAUUUGGAUUGGGAUUCGUGCCAAUUUUGAGCUGGAUUCUCAAUUUUACAACAAUCAUUGGGGCAGCACUCUGGGCAGCAGACAUAGAGAGAGGCAACAAGCUUCGCCUUGCCUGA